UGUUCGCCCCACACACAUAACCUCAUAAUUAUUUUGCAACAUGUAUUCCAAGAUCAUUGUUGUUCUGGCCCUUGUCGCCGCCGUCAGUGCUCAAAGCCAAUACGGACAUCAACAACACUACCAGCCCCAGCACUACCAUCACGAAGAGGAGCAUCACGGACCAGUGCACUACGAGUAUCACUACGAUGUGCAUGAUGACCACACCGGUGAUGUUCACGGCCAGAAGGAGGCUCGUAAGGAUGACUCUACUCAGGGCGAGUACUACCUGAUCGAUGCCGAUGGCCACAAGCGUACCGUCACGUACCAUGUUGAGGGCAAGAGCGGAUUCAUCGCGGAGGUGCGCCGUGAGCCGAUCAAGGGAUACCAGGCACCGCAGCCCCAGCACCACCAAUAUCAGCCCCAUCAUGAGGCUCCGGCUCACUACAACUAUCAACACUAAAUAAUAGUUUAGCUCUACACAAUAACGAUAAUAAACUUACGAUAUAACUUUGAAAACCUGA